UAGCCGAUGUGCCGUUACUGCCGUUUGCCGAGUGACAAUUGAAGUUUCGGCCUUCCUUUAUCAGUUAUUUCCAUCAAUUUAUUCAAAGAAAUUUUGUCAUCUUCGUAAUUUUUGUGUUUUCAAUUGUUUAUCAUGAUGGUUAGUUUCUCUUUUUCAGUGAGAUGAAAUUCUUCUGCCACGCUCAACUAUGGAAGUAACGAAAGAUAAUUUUCAAUCCCUCCUCCCGGACAUAAAAAAAUCAAUCGAUGAAGCCUCUUUCCUGGCUAUUGACGGUGAAUUCACUGGGCUCAAUGAUGGUGGUCCUCGAGCCAAUCCUUUCGAUACUCCAGCGCAAUAUUUCGACAAAAUACGAAAUGGAUGCUCGGAAUUUUUAUUGAUUCAGUUUGGUCUCUGUGUUUUCAAGUAUAAUCAGACCCUUAAGAGGUUCACUCAUACUGCUUACAACUUCUACAUAUUCCCAUGCCCAAUCAACAGAGAUGUUCCUGAUUUUAGAUUUCGUUGCCAAAGCUCAUCGUUAAAUUUCCUAGCCUGCAACAACUUCGAUUUCAACAAACUGUUCAAAAGUGGAAUUCCAUUCUUGACACAUGAUGCAGAGCAAGAGUUAUUGAAAGAUAUUGAAGAAAGAGAAAAGCAACUAAACUCGAGUAAUUUGCCCAAUAGACCUAGCGAAACGCCAAUUAAAAUUCCUGAUGAUCUGAAAGAGAAUGUUGACAGUGCCUGUAAUAAAAUUCAAUCGCUGAUCGAUAAAGGCAAGCCAGGUGAUUCAAUUGAAAUCGAAGAACCCAAUGGUUUUGCACGGAAACUUAUUUACCAGGCUGUGGAUAAAAACUUCUCUACUGACCCCAUCAUCAUGGAGUCCAAGAAGCAGCCAAAUCGAACAAUAUCUUUGAUUGUGACUAAAGGCGCAAGCAGGCAAGAAUUAGAGAGGAUUAAGUCUAUGAAAGCAUUAGAAGAAAUGAAGGCACGUCUAAAGGAAACUGUUGGGUUCUCAGCAAUUAUUAGGCUUAUAUCUGAGUCUGGUAAACUUGUCGUUGGCCACAAUAUGUUCCUGGAUAUUUUCUACACUAUAUCUCAAUUUUGCACUCCACUUCAAUCUAGCUAUGAAGAAUUCAAAGAAAUAACCCAUUUCACACUGCCCAAAGUGAUAGAUACUAAAGUGAUGUGUUCUUUAGCUCCUCUGAAAGAGAAAAUUCGAUCAAGCGUCCUACCACACCUUCUAGAAACGAUUCAAACAGAGCCUUUUGAAAUGCAGCAGAUUGCUAUGGACAAGGAAGGAUCUGGCUAUGCCCUGAAAGACGUCAAGGAACACGAAGCAGGAUACGAUGCAUUUAUGACCGGAGUCUGUUUUUUAGCCUUGUAUGACCACUUAAAUUCCUUGAAGAAGCUUGAUGCUUUGAACUAUAGUAGCUCUUACAUUUCAAAUGCGCCAGCUUUAAAAGAUUUCAUCAACAAGGUGUACCUUAUGAGGAGAUUUGAUGCCCCUUACAUCAAUUUAGGUGGCAAAGAUCCUGUUCUCUUUCGAAGAAACGUCUUUCAUGUUGAUUUUCCUAAAGAGUGGGCCACUUCUGAUCUAAUCAGUCUCUUCAAACCUUAUGGUGAUGUGGAUGUAGUCUGGUGCAAUUCAACCUCUGCCUGGGUCUCUCUCUAUGAUAAAAGCAACAACACGAUUCAGAAAGUUAUCAAGAAUCUAGUGAACUGUACUGAGCCAAAGAAUUACACAGUCCGAACAUUUGCCCAGUAUCAAGACUAUCUAGAGAGCAUGUCCACCCCUGUAACGAAUCAAUCGCCUUCGAUGGGAUUCCGAAAGCGAAAACUCCUGGAAAUGGCUUCACCUGAUGCUGGAAACUCUGCAAAAACGCCAAAGAUUGAGCCUACAACCUCGAAUGCAUCUGAAGAUGGCGACGGCGAGGACGAGAAAAGCUCCAACAACCUGACUGGAGAGUCGGCCGAGAUGGAGGAGGGCUCGGAAAAUGGCAGCGCCGAGACGGACGGAGAGGAGGAGGCUACAUCGGCCGAGGAGGAGGAAGGAGAGACCUCGGAGAAUGGUGAAGAGGUGGAAGAGGAAGAAGAAGAAGAAGAAGAAGAAGAAGAAGAAGAAGACGAACUUGACGAGAACGGAGUCGAAGAACUCAAAAGCAAAGGACUCACCACAAAUUCAAAGCAACCCGGAAAAUCUGGCAGACCCCAAAAGGCAUCGAAUAGCAAAUCAAAGAAAUUGUUCCAAGAAAAUAAUGCUUGGGAAUGAGAUGAUCAAACAUACCCUUCCGUUUGCUCAUCUACCAUCAACAUGUUCAUCGCUGCAGAUUAUUGACAUCGAAACACGUAUCUUCUGGUCUUGGAACGAUCUACUUAUUCUCUUUCGACGAAUUCUCCCCGUUAACGAAUCAUUACUGAAACAGCAAAAAAUCAGUUUUGACCGACUGCCAACUAUCAUGAGCCGUUUUGUUUCAAAAUUCCAGCAAAUGACUUUGAUCCUAAAUAAAAACUGUGUUAUGUUGGUAUGGUGUUACAAAAAAAAAAAAAAAUUAUGAAAUUUUCCGUUGAUAUUUGUUCAGCAAAUCUUAGCUUAAGUAUCCAUCGCUACGAUUUUUUUUAACGAUUAGGGGUUUUUCCCCUUGCGAGACGAGAGAAAACCUUGUUAAAUAAAGUAUAAGCACCUAACACGAUGACAUUCUUGUUUUAUUCGAUGCUUUUAACUGGCCAGGACUUACAACAAAAUUUGAACUCUGUACUCUCAUGGUAUGUCGUGUACUUGCCAGAAAGUUAAUAAAACUGUGAAACCCGA